UCACUCAUUAACACCUACAUUUCCUGCCUCGUCUUUGCAGGGUCUCAGUAGCACAAGAGCUGCAGAGAUCUUGACUCGUGAUGGCCUCAAUGUCCUCACUCCAUUCAAAGACACUCCAGAAAUCAUCAAAUUCCUCAAACAAAUGGUGGGUGGAUUCUCCAGCCUCUUGUGGGCAGGGGCUAUCCUGUGUUUCAUUGCCUACGUGAUUGAAUUUACCAAGGACAAUUCUGCUUCCAUGGACAAUCUUUUUUUAGGUAUUGUGCUUGUCCUGGUGGUCAUCCUCACUGGGAUGUUUGCUUAUUACCAAGAGGCAAAAAGCACCAACAUCAUUGGCAGCAUCAGCAAAAUGAUUCCUAGGAAAGCUUUGGUCAUCAGAGAUGGAGAAAAGAAGGAGAUUCCUGCAGAGGAGCUGGUUGUAGGAGAUAUUGUAGAGAUUAAAGGUGGAGACCAGAUUCCUGCUGAUAUUAGGAUCCUAGACUCCCAAGGGUGUAAAGUAGAUAAUUCAUCUCUUACUGGGGAAUCAGAGCCUCAGUUGCGCUCUUGUCAUUUUACCCAUGAGAAUCCUUUGGAGACAAAGAACAUUGGCUUUUACUCUACAACUUGCCUGGAAGGAACUGCAACUGGCAUGGUUAUCAACACAGGUGACCGUACCAUCAUUGGAAGAAUUGCCUCACUGGCUUCAUCAGUUGGGCAGGAGAAGACACCAAUUGCCAUAGAAAUUGAACACUUUGUCCACAUUGUGGCAGGGGUGGCUGUUUCUAUUGGUAUCGUGUUCUUCAUCAUUGCAAUAUGCAUGAAAUAUCGGGUCCUGGAUGCUGUCAUCUUCCUGAUUGGCAUCAUUUUGGCCAAUGUGCCAGAGGGCCUGGUGGCUGCUGUCACUGUGAGUCUAUCAUUGACAGCAAAACGGAUGGCCAAGAAGAACUGUCUGGUGAAGAACCUGGAAGCAGUGGAAACUCUGGGCUCCACCUCCAUCAUCUGCUCUGACAAGACUGGGACCUUAACCCAGAACAGAAUGACUGUGGCCCAUCUGUGGUUUGACAACCAGAUCUAUCGGGCUGAUACAAGUGAAGAUCAGAAAGCCCAGAGCUUUGAUCAAAGUUCUGCAACCUGGGCCUCCUUAUUGAACAUUGUAACACUGUGCAACCGAGCUGAGUUUGGGGCAGGGCAGGAAAAUGUCUCCAUCAUGAAGAAAAUUGUGAUGGGAGAUGCCUCAGAAACUGCCCUCCUUAAGUUUUCAGAAGUCAUUAUGGGAGAUGUGAUUGAAAGAAGAAAAAGAAACAAAAAAGUGGCUGAAAUCCCUUUUAACUCCCUAAAUAAAUUCCAGCUCUCUAUCCAUGAGACAGAUGACAAACGCUUCCUCUUGGUGAUGAAAGGAGCUCCUGAGGCGAUCCUAGAGAAAUGUAGCACCAUUAUGUUCAAUGGCCAGGAGCAGCCUCUUGAUGAAAGUGCAAGAGAAGCCUUCCAAACUGCUUACAUGUUGCUGGGAGGCUUAGGGGAGAGAGUUUUGGGUUUCUGCCAUCUCUACCUGCCAGAAGAUGAGUUUCCAGAUACCUACUCCUUUGAUACAGAGACCAUGAACUUUCCCACCUCUGACCUCUGCUUUGUAGGGCUGAUAUCAUUGAUCGAUCCCCCUCGAUCUAAUGUCCCUGAUGCAAUCAUCAAAUGCAGAAGUGCUGGCAUCAAGGUCAUCAUGGUGACGGGUGAUCAUCCAAUCACAGCCAAAGCUAUUGCCAGAAGCGUGGGCAUCAUUUCAGCCAACAGCGAGACUGUGGAAGACAUAGCAAAACGUCUUAAAAUUCCUGUGGAGCAGGUUAACAAAAGGGAGGCAAAGGCAGCUGUGGUAAGUGGAAUGGAGCUGAAGGAGAUGAGCCCAGAGCAGCUGGAUGAACUCCUGAAAAACCACAGUGAGAUUGUCUUUGCAAGGACAUCUCCCCAGCAAAAGCUGAUAAUUGUGGAGGGCUGUCAGAGACAGGAUGCUGUUGUUGCAGUGACAGGAGAUGGUGUUAAUGAUUCUCCAGCCCUAAAGAAGGCUAAUAUUGGAAUUGCCAUGGGCUUUGCAGGCUCUGAUGCAGCAAAAAUUGCAGCAGACAUGGUCUUACUGGAUGACAACUUUGCCUCUAUUGUGACAGGAAUAGAGGAAGGUCGUCUAAUCUUUGACAAUUUGAAGAAAAUCAUUGCAUUCACCCUGACCAAAAAUAUUGCUGAGCUUUGCCCUUUCCUGAUCUUUAUUAUUGCUGGGGUCCCCCUACCCAUUGGUACCAUUGUCAUCUUGUUCAUUGACUUGGGCACUGAUAUCAUUCCUUCCAUUGCCUUGGCCUAUGAGAAAGCUGAGAGUGAUAUCAUGAACAGGAAGCCACGCCAUAAGAAGAAGGACAGACUUGUGAAUCAUCAGCUGGCUUUGUACUCUUAUCUACACAUUGGAAUCUUGCAAUCUGUGGGAGGCUUCUUUGCCUACUUCACUGCCUAUGCAGUUCAAGGAUUCAGACCUGACCUGCUCCUUUACUUACGGCCAUUGUGGGUAGAUGAUACUAUUAAUGACCUUGAAGAUAGUUAUGGACAAGAAUGGACAAAAUAUCAGAGGAAUCACUUGGAAUGGACUGGAUAUACUGCUUACUUUGUUGCUGUUAUGGUCCAGCAAAUUGCAGAUGUGAUCAUCAGAAAAACCCGGAUAAAUUCUAUUUUCCAGCAAGGUCUCUUCAGAAAUAAAUACAUCUGGGUUGGGAUUGCAUCUCAAAUCAUCAUAGCAGUCAUCCUCUCUUCUGGAUUUGGAAGUGUUCCAAUUCUGAGUUUUACCACACUUCGUGUUCAGUAUUGGUUUGUGGCAGUACCAUAUGCCAUUGUCAUCUGGCUAUAUGAUGAGUUCCGAAAACUCCUAAUCAGGCGGUAUCCAGGAAGUUGGUGGGAUAAGAACAUGUAUUACUAAAAUUGCUGUCAGUGUCCAAGAUUCUUUGAAAAUUUAUGCCUGGUGAUAUUUAGCAUCCUCUAGUCUCUAUACUUGGAAGUCUUUUGUGCAAUAUGAACAUCAUCAUAAUCCAUACAUUAGAAGAAAUAUGUAUUGUGGAAGAAGCAUGCAAUACAGAAAGCUGAGUUGUAUCUCUGGGACUUGAGUUAAUCAAGUUGGAGGUGACCUGGCUGAUUAGAAGAAGAAGGACAGUGGUCCUUAUAUAUCUCUCUGACUGGCUCUAUUUCAUGCUUGUGACAGAAUUGCCAUUUCCCUCAAUAUCCUCCUAACCCUCAUUGUAGAUAAUAGGGAAUCCUACUCCUCUUACCUUAUCCUCUACCCUCAUCCUGUCUUCUCCAAAUAAAUAUUUACCCUUUUCUCUAGUAUUUCUUCUGACAUCUCAUAGCUCACACUGAGUGAUUUGAGGGAGACUGAAGAAAGGGGAGAAGAGAAGCUGAAAGGGUUCUGAAGAGGGAGGAAAAUGGGAGGAGGGUAGGCAAAACUUGAUCCAUUAGUUAUUUAGUAUACCCUCAAUAUACAACCCCUAAAAUAUCAUCUAUUACAGUAUGAAAGAGUCUCAGUUAACACACUGUAAAAGUGAGAUUUGGCUUUGAAUAGACUGUUUUCCUUUUGUACUUUGCCCUGUGUCCUUCUUACUUGUUCAAAAUAUACAAAUCUUAAAAGAAAUUGAGAGGGGAAAAAACCCGUUUUAUCUGUACUUAAAUUUCUACAACGUUUAAUAUUAUUGUAAAGCAUGCACUUGCAUCAAUUUUGAGUCAGCACAAACCCAAGUAGACUGACCUAGAGAAGUCACAUCUUAAAAAAAUAUAAAAGAAUAUUUUAUAAAAUAAGGUUGUGACGGUUUUGCUCUUAGACUCCUUGAGAAGAUGAUCUGUUUCAACUAAGAAUGUAGUUGAAAGCUAAUAAUUAAAUUCCUUUAUGUUCUAUGUAAUGGAAAUAAUAAGUAACUGAAUGGAAAAGAUGAAUAAGUUGUUUGAUUCAUUGUUUCAUCCCCUUUCUAUUCCCCUCAAACCACUGCUUAUAAGGUGUGAUAG